UGGCUCUCCUUGCAGCUAGUAGAGAGAAGGACCGAGUCAUAGCCUGGAAGAAGCUCUGUUCCUCCAAAGGACUGUCUGUUCAUAUGGCUCUCCUCAUCUUGCUCUUCCUGCUGCCAAGUCCCUUGCAUUCCCAGCACACUUGUAGUAUCUCCAAAGUGACCAGCCUGCUGGAAGUAAACUGUGAGAACAAGAAGCUGACAGCACUGCCUGCAGACCUGCCAGCAGACACAGGCAUCCUCCACCUGGGCGAGAACCAACUGGGUACCUUCUCCACAGCAUCACUGGUGCAUUUCACUCACCUCACUUAUCUGUACCUGGAUAGAUGUGAGCUGACGAGCCUGCAGACCAAUGGUAAACUGAUAAAGCUGGAAAACCUGGACUUAUCCCAUAAUAACCUGAAAAGCCUGCCCUCCCUAGGAUGGGCAUUGCCUGCACUCACUACUCUAGACGUCUCCUUCAACAAGUUGGGCUCACUGUCUCCUGGUGUCCUGGAUGGCCUAAGCCAACUCCAAGAGCUCUACUUGCAGAACAAUGAUCUUAAGAGUCUGCCCCCCGGGCUCUUGUUGCCAACGACCAAGCUGAAGAAACUCAAUCUGGCCAACAACAAAUUGCGUGAGCUGCCCUCUGGGCUCCUAGAUGGGCUGGAGGAUCUUGAUACCCUCUACCUUCAAAGGAACUGGCUUCGCACAAUACCAAAGGGCUUCUUUGGGACCCUCCUCUUGCCUUUUGUUUUUCUCCACGCCAACAGCUGGUACUGUGAUUGUGAAAUCCUCUACUUCCGUCACUGGCUCCAGGAAAAUGCCAACAAUGUCUACUUAUGGAAGCAGGGUGUGGAUGUCAAGGACACAACUCCUAACGUGGCCAGUGUACGAUGUGCCAACUUGGACAAUGCGCCUGUCUACUCCUACCCAGGGAAGGGCUGCCCUACUAGUAGUGGUGACACAGACUAUGAUGACUAUGAUGAUAUCCCUGACGUCCCUGCCACAAGAACUGAGGUCAAGUUCUCUACUAACACUAAAGUUCAUACUACCCACUGGAGCCUACUCGCCGCAGCACCUUCUACUUCUCAAGACAGCCAAAUGAUUUCUUUGCCUCCAACUCAUAAACCCACUAAGAAACAAUCUACAUUCAUCCACACACAGAGCCCAGGUUUCACCACACUCCCAGAGACCAUGGAAUCUAACCCAACCUUCUACAGUCUAAAACUCAAUACUGUACUCAUCCCCUCCCCAACCACCCUAGAGCCCACCUCCACCCAGGCUACCCCAGAGCCCAACAUCCAACCAAUGCUUACCACCUCCACCCUGACUACCCCAGAGCACAGCACCACCCCAGUGCCCACUACUACCAUCCUGACAACCCCAGAGCACAGCACCAUCCCAGUGCCCACUACUGCCAUCCUGACUACCCCAAAGCCCAGCACCAUCCCAGUGCCCACUACUGCCACCCUGACUACCCUAGAGCCCAGCACCACCCCAGUGCCCACUACUGCCACCUUAACUACCCCAGAGCCCAGCACCACCCUGGUACCCACUACUGCCACCCUGACUACCCCAGAGCACAGCACCACCCCAGUGCCCACUACUGCCACUCUGACUACCCCAGAGCACAGCACCACCCCAGUGCCCACUACUGCCACCCUGACUACCCCAGAGCCCAGCACCACUUUAACUAAUCUAGUGUCCACUAUCUCCCCAGUGCUCACUACCACCCUGACCACUCCAGAGUCUACCCCAAUUGAGACAAUUUUAGAACAAUUUUUUACCACAGAGCUCACUUUACUCCCUACCUUAGAAUCCACCACCACAAUAAUCCCAGAGCAGAACAGCUUUCUCAAUCUCCCAGAGGUAGCUCUAGUAAGCUCUGAUACUUCUGAAAGCAGUCCUUUUCUCAAUUCUGACUUUUGCUGCUUCCUCCCCCUGGGCUUCUAUGUCCUUGGUCUCCUCUGGCUCCUAUUUGCCUCUGUGGUCCUCAUCUUGUUGCUGACCUGGACCUGGCAUGUGACACCACAUAGUCUGGACAUGGAACAAUCUGCUGCAUUGGCCACAAGCACUCACACCACAAGCCUGGAGGUGCAGAGGGCAAGGCAAGUAACUAUGCCCCGGGCCUGGCUGCUCUUCCUUCAAGGAUCACUCCCUACUUUCCGGUCUAGCCUUUUCCUGUGGGUAAGGCCUAAUGGGCGAGUGGGGCCUCUGGUAGCAGGACGGCGACCCUCAGCUCUGAGUCAGGGUCGUGGUCAGGACCUAUUGGGCACAGUGGGCAUUAGGUACUCAGGCCAUAGUCUGUGACAGUGAGUGGAGAUCCUACGACUUCACUGGACUCUACUAGGAUCUAACUGGGAUGGGAGGCUGAGACAAUUACAGGACAUCCUAGCCAUUUCUCCUUUAUCUGAAGCCCCCUCUACAUCUAGGCACCCAGAUCCAGACCUCACAAAUCAAGAGGUAGAGGUGAUGGAACUGGGUGGUCACAGGAUCAGCCUCCCACAUUGAGCCUCCACUCAGAACAUUGUCAGGCUACAUGGUCACUACUACCACUUUGUGAGGGAAAAAGCUAGAAAAAGCAAACAGAAAUGGAGCAUGGCUCCCGCUCAUUCAUACUUGGAAGAAAACUUGGAAAGCCAUUAGCCAGGAUGGGAGCACUAUCCCUAAAUAUCAUGAGUAUUUUUUCCCUGUUUAACACUUUCUGGUUUUCUACCAAUGUUAUCAUUUGUAUAAUAAAAAUAUUUUUAAAAAUAAAAUGUAGCUUUUGGGGGGAAAUGAGAGCGGCUGAAGCACCUGUUACAAGAAUUCCCAAAGUCCCAACUGCUACCAUCCUGAUCCCAAAUACCCAACAAACUUGUAGCUGUAGCUGAGGGUGGCAGGUAGGACACCUCCACCUUAGUGAUUCAUCUCCUGCAGAGCUUGGCUUCCCGUCAGGCUACCUCAGUAUCAAGUCUAGAAUAGAAAAGGCUCUAGAGCUAAAGCUGCCUGGCUGCAGGAGAGGCGGCUAUGCUCCUCACAUGUGUAGUCUUUAGAACACAACUCUCCUUGCUGGCCACGUCAGUGGGACUGGCAAAGGGUGUGGCAGCCUGUUGGGUUUGAGUCUCCUGUUUUCAAAGCUGGAUGUAAUGGCAUCUUUCUCUCUCCCAAAAUUUCAUCGAUUCUCCCAGUGAGGCUUUCUUCCACACCUCAUUUUAGUUUAAUUCGGGGAUUGGGGGCCAGAUAAGGGAAGGAAGGUUGCACUUUCCGGGGUCUAUGGAAUGCCCUUCUCCAGAUGGUUCUAGAUCUUCCGGUGAACCUGACUCAAUCUCUUUCCUGCCAUUAACUCUUCCAAGUAGAAGACAAAUCUUAGAGGUUAGCCAUCAGACUUUUCUUCAUGGACUUCACCUUCUGAAAGCAGUCCUUUUCUCAAUUCUGACUGCUGUUUUCUCCCCCUGGGCUUCUAUGUCCUUGGUCUCCUCUGGCUCUUAUUUGCCUCUGUGGUCCUCAUCUUGUUGCUGACCUGGACCUGGCAUGUGACACUAGUGUCCAGCUUCAUCUCUCAUGGUGUUCACCUUCAUCUCUCAUGGUACCUCAUACCUGAAAUGUCUCAUGGGUCACCUGUGCCAGCAGUAGUCUUCUUCUGAGCCCAUCCUCACUUUAGCUAAGAGUUCUGCCUCCUUCUCAGUCUACCUCACUACUACCAUGAACAAAUCUUUCUCCUAAGUUGGGCAAGAUGCAGUCCACUGCUAUAGCCAUUUCCAAAUGUUCUUGCAUCUUCUUGCUGGACUUUAAACUCCUUAAGUAAAGGUGCAGGCUCCAAAUGUCUCCAGGUGGCUACCUAGGGUGGCCUAGGGCAUGCUGCGCAUGGAAGGAUUAAGGAAAGUAGCGGCAGAGGCACCAGGAUGUUGCACUACCAUCUUUUUUGUUAAGGCUUUGCCAAAGGGACAGCUCGCACCUGCUGCCUGCCUGUUGUCUGACCUGGCAUACAGCCCUCAGGCUGCCUAGCACGUCUCCUGGUUUGACCUUUCCAUAGCCCUUUAUAUGCCAACAAGUCUGUAGGAUCCUUGAGAGCCUGGGAAUCAUACUUCUUAAAAAAAUGGAUGAAAAGCCGGGCAGUGGUGCACGCCUUUAAUCCCAGCACUUGGGAAGCAAAGGCAGGUGGAUUUCUUAGUUCGAGGCGAGCCUGGUCUACAGAGUGAGUUCCAGGACAGCUAGGGCUACACAGAGAAACUCUGUCUCAAAAAACAAACAAAAUGGAUGAAAAAAAUAAUCACUUUCUCUAGCCAACCCAGUUUCUGAUCAAUAUUCUUUUUGCCUCAAUCCUUGGGUUUGACUCCGUUAUAUCCCCCAAGAGCUCUGAACCUCUCACUCAACCACUGUGGCUCUAGCCCAUAGAAGUCCAGGGGGUUUUUGUUGUUGCUUUGGUCUUUCAAGACAGGGUUUCUCUCUGUGACCCUGGCUGUCCUGGAAUUCACUUUGUAGACUAGGCUGGUCUUGAACUCAGAAAUCUGCCUCCUGGGUGCUGGGAUAAACAGCAAGCACCACUAUGCCCUGCUUCAAUUUAGACUUGUUGUCCCUUCCCUCUUGAUGCUGAAAAGGCAGAUCCCAGAGGCUUUUCCUGACAACUGUGAUAUAAUUUGUGAGUCAGCCACAUUUUGGGACAAAUGGCUUGCAAGUAUGCACAAGGCCCAGUUUUUUCU